ACGUUGGAAGGGAAAAUAUUGACGGCCGUCAACAAGUUCCUGACGACAUCUUCCUUUGUUAGCAAGGUCAAACUUCUAAUGACCAGACAGAGCAGUGGAAUCGUGGGGAAUAAUGGACGAGAGGAAAUUGCGGCUGGCCCAUCAAAACCUGCGAUUCACCCGAGGACGGUGUCUUCGAAAUCACAUGGAGUUCUGGAACCUAGUGUCAUUGAAGAACAAAAUGUUCUGAACGACCUCCAAAAGUUUGAACAUAAUACUGCCGCAGAAUCGAUGGUUGCGAGUCUACCGGGAACAAGCAGGCUCACCGAUAACACUCAUCGCGAUGAACCCCCUCUUCGGACAUCUUACAUAUCAAACAAAAUGCCGAGGAUCACCAAGACACAAAUGAAGGAAUUCAAAGAAGCCUUCAAACUUUUCGACAAAGAUGGUGACGGUAGCAUCACCAAGGAAGAACUUGGCCGUGUCAUGCGGUCUCUCGGCCAAUUCGCCAGAACUGAAGAACUUCAUACCAUGUUGCAGGAGAUUGACAUCGACGGUGAUGGAAACGUUAGCUUUGAGGAAUUCGUAGAAAUCGUCAGUAACAUAGGCAGCAACAAUGUAGCAGCACGAACGGACCAGGAAGAGGAACAAGAGCUUCGUGAUGCAUUCCGAGUGAUUGAAGACAUGAUCAAGGAAGUGGAUGUAGAUGGCGACGGUCGCAUCGAUUUUUAUGAAUUCGUCCAUGCUCUUGGCGAACCUGGCAUCGACGAUGACGACGAGGACGACGAAGAGGACGCCCAGUCUCCUGCCUACUAA